AUAAUAUCCGAGCCCGGUGGCGGAUCAUCGCAAGGCUCAACCGGGGAUCGCCAAGAACUUGUCCUUCACACGAGUGACCAUUCAGCACCACUUGAACCACCAUCUCACUCUACCCACCAUCCUUAUCAAUCCAGAACGAAACUGAAAUCAAGAAAAACACUGGAACAAACCUAACGAAUCAAGCGACUACCCCACAAAGGAAACGAGAACCAAUCAAGAUGUCAGGACAGAGUAAUUUCUUAGAUAGAGCAUGCGAGAUCGUUCGACAAGCUAUCGAUGAAGAUAUCAAACAGAACUGGGAGGAAAGUUUGAAACUUUAUAAGAACGCACUCGAUUACUUCCAUAUGGCCUACAAAUACGAAAAAAAUCCGAAACUGAAAGAUUUGAUUCGUAGCAAAAUGGAAGAAUAUCUAGACAGAGCCGAAAAACUCAAAACACACGUCCAGACUCCAGAUGAUAAACGCGGUCGACAAGCUGUGGGUGCUAACGGAAAAGGCACAAAUGGCGAAGGAGGAUCAGGAGCUAAUGCAGAUGGAGAUGACGCGGAUACGAAAAAGUUACGAGGCGCCCUUUCAAGUGCGAUUCUGGCCGAAACACCGAACGUCAGUUGGGAUGAUGUGGCCGGUUUGGAAGGAGCGAAAGAGUCCCUGAAAGAAGCGGUGAUCUUACCAAUCAAGUUUCCCCAUCUUUUCACGGGCAAACGAACUCCUUGGAGAGGCAUUUUGAUGUAUGGUCCGCCUGGGACAGGAAAGAGUUAUUUGGCUAAGGCGGUCGCGACAGAAGCAAAAAGUACAUUCUUCUCAGUAAGUAGUAGUGAUCUCGUUAGCAAAUGGAUGGGCGAAAGUGAGCGCUUGGUAAAACAGCUAUUCACAAUGGCUCGAGAGAACAAACCGGCAAUUAUUUUUAUUGAUGAAGUUGAUUCACUAUGUGGGACGAGAGGGGAGGGUGAAUCUGAGGCCGCUCGAAGGAUCAAAACCGAAUUUCUGGUCCAAAUGAACGGCGUCGGAAAUGAUGCUGAGGGUGUCUUGGUACUCGGGGCCACCAACAUUCCUUGGCAGUUAGAUAUUGCCAUCCAGCGACGGUUCGAGAAACGGAUAUUUAUACCCUUACCUGAUCCGGAAGCUAGGAAACGAAUCUUUGAACUCAACGUAGGCACAACACCCUGCACUUUGACACAACAGGAUUAUCGUGAACUAGCCUCACAAUCACAAGGUUACUCUGGCUCUGAUAUUGCCGUCGUCGUUCGAGAUGCGCUGAUGCAGCCAGUGAGGAAAGUAUUGAGUGCGACUCAUUUCAGGCCCGUCAUGGUUCCAAGUGCCAAAGACCCCACCAUUUCGGUCAAGAAACUGACACCAUGUUCGCCCGGAGAUCCGUUGGCGAUCGAGAAGAGUUGGAACGAAGUCGAGGCUACAGAGCUGCUCGAGCCGGCUCUCACACUACCUGAUUUUCUCCGGGCUCUCCGUAAUACUUCGCCGACAGUUAGGGAGGAGGAUAUCAAGCGACAUUUGGAAUUCACAAAUGAAUCGGGGGCGGAUGGAGCUUGAUCUCGUUUUCAUAUCUUACCCUUUCUUUUCUUUUGUACCCUUAUUUUGUCCCGUCUGCCUGCCAUUCAAGAUUCAACCCUUUUAAUCCUUUUGUAUUCUUAUCCUUCAUAUAUACAUCCUCGCUCUUCUCAGGAAAUAGGCUCAACCCAAUCCUUCUAUCAUCAAAGUUGCUCAUUGGUUUUAUCUUUUGAUACUUUCGUUUGCAACGCUUGAAUUCCGAAUUUUGGUCAUCUUCACGGUCCUGAUAGAAAAGGUUUUGUUCUUCUCUUUGUUCGCAUAAGUUUACGCCAACUUACACUCACUCUGAUAGGUGUACCGAUCAUUAAGCUUGUUGGAGCCAAAUUUUAUCAGACUAGUAGUAAAGAAUUUGCCCUUUU